UCUUUCAGACAGUCUGUUUUUGCUGCAGUGAACGGUAACCGUGGAGAGGCAGAGAUAGCCUACAAACAGUGGGGAAAGAGCGAAGGAACAAAGCAGGAGAAACAAGAAGAAGCUGGGAGAUUAUUCCAAAAUAAAAAGAGAGAAGGCACAGCGGUGGGGGAGAAAAAAAAAAAAGAAACCUGCGCAUCAGAAGGAGAGUCAUUAUUGGAAGGGACCUUACUGGAAACCAGCAACAGAACCGGACUCCUGAGGAGGAAUAUUACGGUGACACUCCAGAGCCUCUCUGCCCUCCUGAGCUUUCAGUGAGACAGGCGGAUCUGCGUGCCCGACCAUGGCCUUCCCAUCAGCCCCCUCUGCUCUAUGGAUUGUCAGCUUAUUGACUGCACUAUUCACAGCUGCGGUUCACAGCAACAUUGUCAAUGAUGAAGACCCGCUGCAGCCCAUGACCUCGGAUGAGACGGUGUCCGUCGGCGGUAUGGUGACGUUGACCUGCCGAGUGGCAGAGACUGACAACUCCUCGCUGCAGUGGUCCAACACCGCGCAACAGACUCUGUACUUCGGAGAGAAGAGAGCCCUGAGAGAUAACCGCAUCCAGCUGCACCGCUCGACUCCCACGGAGCUUUCCAUCAACAUCUCCGACGUGCAGCUGUCUGAUGAGGGCGAGUACACCUGCUCCAUCUUCACCAUGCCGGUCCGCACGGCCCGGGCGACUGUCACCGUUCUAGGUGUGCCCGGUACGCCUCAGAUCUCUGGCUUUGAAAAUCCAGUGCCAGAGGGCGAAAAAGUCACCCUCACCUGCACCAGCACGGGCAGCAAGCCCCCUGCCAAGCUGCGCUGGUACAAAGGAGACAUCGAGGUGCAAGGGCGCCCUGACGUAGUCGAGUCCGUUCCAGAUGACCCCACUUACAACGUCAGCAGCGAGCUCACCCUGGAAGUGACUGCUAAUGACGAUGACACCAAAAUCUCCUGCGUCGUCGACCACGACUCUGUGAAACAUGGGGAGAAGAAGAGUGAGCAGUCUCUGCGGGUGUUGUAUGCCCCUGAUGUAGCGAUCACCCCUGAGGAGAGGAUGGCAAUAGAGGGGCAGAGGUUUUCUCUGCAGUGUUCAGGCAAAGGCAACCCUGAGCCCACCAUCUACUCCUGGGAGAAGGCGGAGGGAGAGCUCCCCCCACUGGCCAAAGCCGAUGGUGCUUUCUUGUCCUUUUCAGUGCUCAACAAAUCAGAUAACGGCAUGUACAUCUGCCAUGCUGACAACGGCAUUGGGAAGGGCAGAGGGAGCUACACACUUCAGGUGCAAGAUGAUGCACGCAACUCGACAGACACGACAGCCAUGUCGACAUCUUCGGGCGUGGACCAUGCUGUGAUCGGAGGGGUGGUGGCUGUUAUCGUCUUCAUCCUGCUUUGCCUCCUCAUCGUCCUCGGCAGAUACCUCAUCAGACACAAAGGAACGUAUCUGACCCACGAGGCCAAGGGUUCCGACGACGCCCCUGACGCCGACACGGCCAUCAUCAACGCUGAGGGAGGUCACUCCGGAGCCGAAGAGAAGAAGGAGUACUUCAUCUAGAUGGGCGGGGGGACAGUGUGGUGGUGGUGGGGGGGAGAAAGCGAGGAGGAGGAGGAAAAUUUGGAGGAUCCAGCUGGAGGAGAGAGGAAAGGAAAAACCUCCAUUUGUUUUCACAACAGCUUCAGUUCUUUACUCUGUUGAAGGGAUGUUGGCAAAGGAAGGGAGGUAAAGAACUGUGGGCGGAGCUUCAACUACCCUCUUUGCAUUGAUACAGGGAAGUGAGAUCUUUUGCACUGACAUUCGGAUGAACUGAAGUUACACACACACACACACACACACACCCACCCCAACACACACGCACACAUACAUGAUUCAGUUCUUGUUUUUCCGCACAGACUUGAACGCUCGUAGAUGCUCAGAUUAACAAAGGCGAGCUUCCUACUAACACAUCCUGAUCCAUUAUCACAUCCUCACAUAAGCAUCCCUUUUUUCAACUGUCAGCGCAGUGAAAAAGCUAAAUUGUAAACCACAUUCUGACAUCGUCACGACCUCUUUCCUCCUCCACAGUGCAGCCCAAAGCGGGUCUGCCCCCGUCACGUUCCUGUCCUCAUUCUCUCUAUCAGAACAAGGCAGAAUCCCUCCUUAAACUUGCUUAGGGUAGACAAAAUUAUUGAUUGGAAAACUUAAUCUCCUUCCAUCUUUUUUUAAUCUUUCUAUGCCAUCAAACCGCUUCCUGCGGACGAUCAGAUUUUUCCACAACGCACCACCACAAAAACUUGCAAAAAUAGCAUUCCCACCUUGCGCUGCCAAGCCCAGGGCCUCCAGUAUACAUAUAUAAAUAUAUAUAAAUAUAUAAAUAUAGAGUUAUAUAGCAUUCUUUUUACUUGACAGAAAACAUUCGGUGUGUUGUAAAUACACUUUCUGUUCUGUUAUUUUUCUGUCACUCUUCGGCGCCCUCUAUCUUCUCUCAUGCAGCCCGUUUCUGCGUCACAGAAACUUAUAUACUCAAAUAUAAAAUAGAAAAAAAAAAGCCUGCCUGUUUUUAAUACAUGCGUGAAAAUUCAGAGUCAAAACGAUCAUUAUCUUUGGGCAAAAAAAGACAAACAUGUAACAACCAUGAUGUUGCAAUGAAAACUAACCUUAACUGCAAAUAUUUGUACAAAGAAUGUUUUUCCUAUUGGUUUGUUUGUGUUUUCUAAAUUUGUUUUGGGAUUUUCUAGGGAGAUUUUGUGUUUCCUGUCAGCGUCUUGUUGUGUUACCGUCAGUGUUAAGAGUUUACAGUGUCUGCUGGUUUGUCAGUUCAAAAGCCUUUUUAUUUGGGCAUUUCUUUGCUUGUUUUGUUGUGCUGUGCUCCGUGGCGACAGCUUCUCCCUGCGUUGUCAAACCGAACUCUAAUCGGUAGCCAAGUCUGAGUUAAACAUUCAAAAUGAGUUUCAUAGAGUUUCUUUCUUGUCUUUCAUGUAGUUUCCCUUCAAACUCAGCCUGCUGAACCUAACUUUCACCUUUAGAUCGCCUUUCUUGGCAAGGCCAUCUGGCUCUAAAUCCACUGACUAGGGGCUUCACUGGCUUUCUCUAAGAACCUGCCAUGUUUGCUGCUCCGGGGUAGAGAAAAUGCUCACAGGACCUAACAGGGCUGUCUACAUGCAUUAUAACCAAGUUCCUGGAAAAAAGGGGGGGGAAGAAAAUCUCUUCCCGCUAUGGUUUUCUUGUGUGAGCAGGACUCAUUCGCCAGCUUAGCGAAAGCUUCCCAUAAACGAACGCUGCUUUAUUAAGGUUGAGACUUGGCCUUGGCAGUAGCAAGCCUUACUUGGCCCAGGCAUGGAAAUUGAUUGCAAUCUAACUAAGAGGCUCUGGCUGCAGGUUGUACACAUGCCAAGGCUCUGUUUGGCCAGACAAGGAUUUCAGGCUGCUCUAACACUCAAGAAAGUCAUUUAGGGAACCUAAUGUCCUCUUCUACUUUUCUCCUUCCCCCUCCACUCGUCCAUUUCUUUUCAUACUUUAAUCAAUCAAGCUGUCUGUGUCCUGAUCCACCUUCACCCUGUCUCCCCUCCUCUCGUUGCUCCUUGCUUCCUCUCCCCUCCACCUCCUUGCUUGUCUUUAGCUCAUUGAGAAGCCUGUGUAAACGGAGCUGUGUGAGCUGAAAGCUCUCUGUGGUUGUGGCAUGUAGGAGAUGAAAUCACUGGUCAGUUUUACAACCUUCAAUACAAAAAAAACACAAAAAUAAUACCAAGUAUUUUUGUCUGGUUUCUAGUUCAAAUAUUUUAGAACACUUGAAAUAUGACAAGUAACAUACAACUAACAUACAGAUAACUUUUUAGCAUAGAAGAUUGUUUUAAGUAAAUAAUUCCUUAAUAUUGAUUUAAAAAAAUACUUUUUCCACUGACAGACUUUUUGAUAUAUAACAAGACAUUUCCAUAAUAUAAGUAAUCUGCCAGUGGAACUACUUUUCUAUCAUUAUUAAGGAAUUAUUGACUUAUAAUAAAACGAGCUCCUACAUUUUGCUUAAAAUUUGUUUGUAAGUUAGUUUUGUCUUAUUUCAAGUGUUCUAAGAUAUUUAAAAAAUACAUGGUAAGAUUUUGUGUUUUUGCAGUAUUCCUGUAUUAAGUGUUUCUGCUACCUAAGAGGGUUUUGUGAGUUUUUACUGAAAGAAUUAUUGGCUGGGAUAUGUUUAGCUGAUGCAGAUAAUAGUGUUUUUGGUAUUUGCAGCCAUACUGUCGCCUCAAAAGUACAGCGUCAUGGGUUCAUACCUCCUGCUGCUUGAAGUUUGCAUUUUGUCCCUGCACCUGCCUGAGUUUCCUCCAGGUUCUCCUUCUGCAAGUCCAAAGACAGGAUGCAGUUAGGCUGCGAGUGUGCAUGAGCAAAUCAUCAUCCCAGUUCGUCUCUUUGUGUUGGCCCUGUGACGGACCAGUGGCCUUUCCAGGGUGUGCUCUGCCUUUUCCCUGUGGCAGCUGGGAUAGGCUGCAUCACAGGCGUACAGUCCCUACAGCAGUGGUACCCCAGCCCUGGUCCCCAGAGUCCGCUGUCCUGCGUGUUUUGGAUCAGCAGUUUUCAAACAUUUUCCAAUAAGCACUACCUCUGUAAAUACGAAUGUUGCCAAGCACCACCAUGCUGGCACUUUUUUUCAGUACUGCAUCCGGAUUUUGACUUGACAGUUUUCAUCUAUUGGCUCUGGAUGCUUGGAUCAAGGAUUUAAUUAUGCAUUCCAUUAUUCGUUAGUUGACAUUUUCAAAUUGGAAAGAUGAAUACGAAGGUCUUCUGUAGUUUCCCAACAACCCGUACCUAAAAAUCCAAUAUGGCUCCAGCCAGUUGAAAGCAAAAAUAAUAAACAGUUAAUUGCACGUUUGUCAGUGCGCAUCUUAGUAAGUUUAGUAUCAGAUUGUGGUCUGCAACCUCUGUUAGUGAACAAAAUAUUUUACUGUUCAAAUAAACACUAAACAAUACAUAAUAAUAAUUACCCUUUUAUUGGCUGCAUUAUGUUAUGCAUAAAAAUGCCCUUUUCUGUCAAACAAAUUCUAAAACAGGUUAUUAAUUUAAAUAUAUACACAUGUCACAAAACAUACAUUUAGAUGUCUGGUAUGAAAAUCCGCUAAAUCAGGCAUUAUUUCAAAGGACUUUGACUAAGAGAUGUCAGCAAGAUGCUCCCAGUAUAAUCUUUGGUAUGUGUUGAAAUUGUGUGAACAAAUUCAUUAUUGAAAUCUUAAAUGUCUUGAAAUGCUAACAAAUACUCUUUUCUUUUGAGCAGCUUCUGUUUGAAGUUAAGAUUAUUUUCUAUUCAAUUCAACUCAAAAAUACCUUUUUGAUCCCAAAGAAAAAUUAAAUAUGGUUCAAAUGACUCAUAUAAUCCAAGCAUCUUCAAAGAGUCGUUUCGGAUGUUGAUGCUGUGGGCAGGAAAAAUUAAUCUACAGGAUCCUCUGACUGAAGACUGUUACUGUUUGACAGUCACAACAUGAAAACAGCUCAAUAUUCAGGUAACAGAGAUGAUAUUAUACAGCAACAUGUCUUGGAUAACACAAUCAGUUUUUGGCCAGGACUGCUAAUCCACCUCAGUUGCUUUUGCCGCUCCUUUCUAAAUCUUUGUCUGGCUGCAUUUUUAGAAAGCCGGGAAGAGAGACGUUAGGGUACGGGGUGUGAUCCUUGUCACCUCCUUUCCAACUCCUCUGGGAUUUUGAGUCCGGUAUUAUUUAAGCUUUUGAGACAAUAAUCAUCUGCAUCUGGUCACAAAAAGUAUAUCUUGUUGCUACAGUUACGCAUCAUAAGUUUCUGAAAGUGAAAAAAGAGCAAAUUUCUUUCCUGCUACACAACAUCAUCCAAAACCAGAGGGAUUAAUUGUCCAAACAUGUAAUGCCUCAUCCAUCAAUACUGACAAAUGUCUACAAAAAGAUCAAAUCAGAACUAACAGGACAGAGCUACUGCACUCUGCUUCCACCACUAGUGAUACAACUCUACAAAUUAAUUUAUGUAAAAGCAUAAUAAUUAUUUUUUUCUUAAGAAAAAUCUGAAUCUGCAUAAUUUGUAUAUAUUGACAAUGUCAAAAUUCAGAAAAAAGAGCAAUUAGCGCUUCGCUAAAAACUCCUCCAAAGGAGUUGUAGCUUAAGAUUUCAUUGGUGAUGUUUACCUUCUCCUCUCAGUAAUUAAUAUCUCUAGCUUACAUUUAAAGUUGAAUGGAAACAGAACUAGGAAGAACUGAGAGAAAUGUUACAUUACCCAUAAAAAAUAACCCCUAAAAAAUACUUCAGAACUGUAUUUGGAGUAAUAGUAACAACAUAAUUGUUGUGGAUAUCUAAUGAUCACAAAUAUACAACAAAUAUAUUCACUGUAAAAAAUUGCUACAUGUCUUCAGUUACCAAAAUCUCUGUUUCCAAUGUGGUCAAGAUGAGCAAACAGGGAAAGUAUUUGUGAAUGUCCCAGUUAACACACACCAGGGUUAUAAAGCAGGUUAUGGAUUAUAAAAAAGGCUUCUGAGGAACUUGGUGGCACGCUAAGGAUGCGGUCUUUGAAAGUCUAUGUGCUGGAGCAAUACGUCCUCAAAAAGUGCAGGAUAUGAGGAUCGGGGUCUGGGGACCACUACUCUAUGGGAUAAAGCAGGCAAAGCUGAUAGAUGGGUUUUUUUAAAAUAUUUUUUUAUUUAAUUUGAGUUUGACUCAGCUUUUCAUCUCUGUUAUGGUUGAAGAGCAGAGAAUCAGCUCUGUCUCAGAGAGCUUGUUGCACACUUCAAAGACGUUAGCAUCGAACUGUAUUUAGCCUCAGUCCACUGUAACUCUGCUCAUGCUGGAGAGAGGAAAUACUUGCCUCCUACUUAAAGUAUAAUGUCUUUUUAAAAACUAAUGGACCUGUAUUUGCCUGUAAUUUAUCGUCCUGUUCUUUGUCUUAGUUAAUGUGCUAGCAUGUAGCUUGCAUGAGGAAUGAUUGGAAAGUGUAGAUACUGCUGGAGACAAGAAGUGCCGACAAGCCACUCUCCUGAGACUUCGCUGCUGCCCUCUGUUCUGCAAACAUAUGCUGUGUCCCAGAUAAAUCCGCCUGUAACCUCCUCAUCUCUGCCGCCCAACCGAGUACGACUCUUUCUGCUUUUUCCUCCAACGCCCCAACAUGAAAUCUGCAUUUGUUGUUGAACUGGGAUGCGCAGUCACUGAAACUGUAUUUUCUAGUUUGGGUGUGAUAACGACUAACUGUCCCCAGGUGCCAGCAAAGCAUCACUUCUCUUCUCCGUCUUCGGUCAGUUUUAGCCGGACUGUCCCUCACUCAGAGUCAUCAUCUCCUCUUGAAGCAGCUCCAAACAAGCUGCCUGUCAUUUUCCCCAUUUUGUAGAGGAAACUAUUUACUUUUUAAGUCAUGUUUUUUAAAAGCUGUGCAUAAUCAUCAGUGUUUGAGUUUCAGUUUGGUUGAUUAUCUUUUUUUUUUUAUUUAGAUUUCCCAAAACUUGAAUGUUAGAAUUGUAGUAUUUGCAUUUAUUUUCUUGUUUCAGCAACCAUUUUUAUAUAUUUUCCUGUAUAUAGUGUUGCCUUUCUGGAAACUCUUACAUGCAGACCCAUACAAACACUUUACACACACACUAUGGAUGCAUUAACACACACAUACAUGAAUAUGCACAGCAGGUAUGUCUGCUCCUGUGGUGUGUGUGUGUGUACUUUAGUGUGUGUGUGCCUGUGUUUGUGGAUGGGUGUGUAUCAAAUGACCCAAACAGACUCCAGAGACACUCUUAAUGUGUUGCAUUCACAAAAAUAUUUUUAUUUCCAUGAAUAAAAAAAAAAAAUCCUAUUUUUUUUUCUUAUUUGGAUGAUAAGUCUUCCUUUUGAGUAAAUAUUCAUAUCACAUGGAAGUAGUGUUGUUGUGUGUGUUAAUUUGUAUAAAAAAGGCAGAUGAUGUCAUCAGUGCGCAACCCUGACAGACGCUGUGAUGGGGUUUGAAACUGUUGGCUGAAAUGUUCCAAAAAAUAUUAGGUUUUGUUUUGUUUUGUUCUCCUUCUCUUUUUGUUAGAAUAUGAGUUGAGUUGUUGACUUCAAUAAACAUGAAUUUGGGUUAAUUUCA